AUGCAAGUUAAGGCCGAUCGUGAUGAAUCUUCUCCUUAUGCUGCCAUGUUGGCUGCCCAACAAGUAGCUGCUAAGUGUAAGGAACUUGGUAUCAAUGCUCUUCACAUCAAGAUGAGAGCUACUGGUGGUACCGGUACCAAGACCCCCGGCCCUGGUGGUCAAGCUGCUCUUCGUGCUCUUGCCCGUGCUGGUAUGAGAAUUGGUCGUAUUGAAGAUGUUACUCCUAUUCCUACUGACUCUACCCGUAGAAAGGGUGGUCGUCGCGGUCGUCGUCUCUAA